UUUUAUUUGCCUUUAUAAUUUGGAGUAAUCUCUCUUGGACGUAAUUGAACGUCUCCGGAAGUUGGUCACGGCGUGGUCGCUAGUACACGGCUUAACAUUCAGCUUUGUUUCUAAAUGUAUCUUUUGUUUGUUAUCUUCAUUGUGUCACGGACUUUUUACCACACAUGAUACACCUAUGUACAACACUCGUAGAAGUUCCAAUAAAGCUCAGAACUUGAUUGGUCACUUUGUGUUUUGGUGUCACUGGUUAUACUUACUGUAAGGCUCCGCGCUGAGACAGAAUAGUAAAAAGUCCCAUCAACAUGGCAGAUGCAACAAAAGAUACAGUACUCUCAAAUAGUACGGUUUCAACCACCAAGAUAGGUCGUUUGAGAAAUCUUACAGAAGAGGGCCUGUCAAUUUACAUCGAAAUCCGUGAUAAACUUUCGGAAGAUGUCGACAACUCAUGGAAUAAAGUAAAUGCUGUUAUUCUUGAACUGGAAGUGGAACACAAGACUUUAAGUCGAUUGUGCUCUAUCGAGGAAGCCCUCUCAAACUGUUUGGCAGCUUAUCGUGAAGCAUCCACCCAAUACACAGAUUUUCUAAGGAGGAACAGGUCCAUCGAAAGUAAAAGAGAAAUGGAUUCCUAUCAGGCACUCAUAGAACUUCGCAGAGUGAGAACAGAUACUGCCUUCACUACGAUAAACUUGCGUAAGCAAUUACUGUCUUCAGAGACAUCUUCAAAGGAGUCCAUCUCUUCUAAAUCUAGUCGGACUUCAUCAAGAAAAUCAAGUAAAGGGACAUCUUGUGCCUCAAGUACUUUGGCUCGUAAACGUGCAAAAGCUGAAGCCGCUCGAGCAAAAGUGGCAUUUACGGAAAAGGAGGCGGAGCUACGGAAAAAUCAAGCUAUGUUAGAUGAAUCUACUGCUCGUAAAAAGGCUGAAAUGCAAGCAGACAUUGACAUGUUGAUAUCUCAGAAAGAAGCUGCGGCAGCAGAAGCUGAACUUCGAGUAUACGAGUAUGAAAAUUGUCGAAUAUCUGAUUUUGACGAUAGUCUUCCAAAAGUUGUAGAAGAUUCUGUUACGCGAACAAAAAAAUUUGUGGCUCAACAAGCUGCAUCCCACACUUCAGAGACUAUCAAAAACAAUACAUACUUACAUGCCGAUAUCCCAGAGUUCUAUCCAUCUGAUCAGCAUCAGCCACUAACUCCGGUAGUUCAAGACCCCACGUCGGAUAUAACACGUUUUCUUUUACGGAAAGAUUUACUUUUUUCUCGCUUGUCGAACUUUAAUGAUCGCCCAGAAACGUAUAUUGCUUGGAAAUCCAGCUUCCUUAAUAUUAUGGAUGAACUGCAUGUCACUGAUUCGGAGCAAGUGGAUCUACUUGUUAAAUGGUUAGGGUCUGAGUCCUCUAAGCAUGCUGUGAGUAUAAGAACAGCAAGUGCAAACAACCCAGCUAAAUGUCUACAACGAAUUUGGCAACGAUUGGAGGAUAGGUAUGGAGCACCAGAGAUGAUCGAAGAAUCCUUAAAAAACAAACUCUCUAGUUUCCCCAAACUUACAAACAAAGACACAAAGAAACUCUAUGAACUCUCUGAUCUUGUGUCGGAAAUAGAGUCCAUUAAGGAUAAUGAAAGGAUGAAAUCUCUCUUUGGCCAUUAUGAUUCAUCCACUGGCGUGACUCCAAUAAUAAAUAAGCUACCUUAUUAUUUGCAGGAAAAAUGGACAUCCACAGCCGUUAGCUACUUAAAGAAUCACAUGUCUGUUGUUUAUCCUCCCUUUAGUCAUUUUGCAGAAUUUCUCCGGGAACAAAGCAGAAUUCGGAACAAUCCUAGCUUUUCGUAUGAAGUGCCUCAGUUCAAGAAGGAACCGAAGUAUGUAGAAAAGAGCAAUUUUCUCGUGAAGAAAACUGACACAGAAGAGGUUCAAAAGCCGCCAUCUUCAUUAAAUAAUACUUCGAAGUGUCCUUUGCAUCAAACGGAUCAUUCUCUGAAUAGAUGUCGAGCCUUUAGAAGAAAACCCAUGCAAGAAAGAUUAAAAUUCUUAAAGGAUAACAAGAUCUGCUUCAGAUGCUGCGAUAGUAUAUCGCAUGUUCAACGUGAAUGUAAGAAAACUAUACAUUGCCCAAAAUGUAAUAGUGAUGACCACCCACUGGCUCUACAUGCGGACCCUCUUGCGGUGGAUCCGCCAACAACUACUUCAAAUCAUGGCGGGGAGAGUUUUAAGAAAGUUAGUUCUUUGUGUACUCGUAUCUGUGGACAGUUCCCUGGAAAGUCAUGUGCUAAGAUAGUUCUUUGUAAUGUAUACGCAUCAGAUAAACCAGACAAAGUAAUUCGUCUAUAUGUUAUGAUAGACGAUCAAAGUAACAGAACCCUUGGCAGUCCUCGUUUAUUCGAUCUCCUUGCUGUGAAAUGUGAAGAGACUGAAUACGUACUCACUUCCUGUUCCGGAAAAGUCAGAACAGCAGGAAGAAAAAUUAAUGGUAUCGUGUUAGAAUCUCUUGAUCAAACGGUACAACUAGAUCUUCCGACGAUCAUUGAAUGUAACCAAAUGCCUGACAACAGGAAUGAGAUUCCUACUCCUGAUGUGGCUCGGAGUUAUUCACAUCUACAUGAUAUUGCCCAUCACAUUCCACCAAUAGAUGAAAAUGCCCACAUCAUAUUACUGAUUGGUCGUGAUGUCAUUAAAGCUCAUCACGUCUUGGAUCACCGUAUUGGACCAGCAAAUACUCCGUAUGCGCAGAAACUGCCAAUAGGAUGGGUUAUAAUUGGUGAAAGUUGCCUAGGGAGUGUUCAUGUACCAGAGGUGUUAAACGUAAACAAGACUAACGUUCUGGAGAAUGGUCGUACAACCAUGUUCGAUCCGUGUAAUAAUCGCAUAAAGUUGCAAGAGACAUUAGAUACUGUAUACUGUGACAGAAUGCAGUUGUUUAAAAUUCCUGAAUGGGAUUCAUUUGGCCAGAACAUAUUCCUGAAGCAGAAGGAUGAUGAUAAGCCAGGUUUAUCCGUUGAUGACAGAUCCUUUCUGCAUAUCAUGGACGCAAGUUUCCGCCAAGAUGUAGAUGGUAAAUGGUCAUGCCCACUUCCAUUCAGGGAACCAAGACCUAGAUUACAAAAUAACUACACCCAGGUGUUAAAAAGGGCGAAUAUGCUUGAUAAAUCCCUGCAUAAAGACCAUGUGAAGAGGGGUCAUUUCAUCGCCUUUAUGAACAAGAUGUUACAGAAUGGGCAUGCAGAAGUAGCGCCACCACUUCAGAAGAGUGAGGAGUGCUGGUACCUGCCAAUAUUUGGCGUUUAUCAUCCAAGAAAACAGAACCAAGUCCGCAUCGUUUUUGAUUCUGCAGCAAAAUAUAAUGGCAUAUGCCUAAAUGAUGUAUUAUUAUCAGGCCCUGAUUUUACCAACAGUCUGUUGGGCAUCUUAAUGCGGUUUAGGCGUGAAUCUGUGGCGGUUAUAGCGGACAUCCAGCAGAUGUUCUACUGCUUUAAAGUGGACCAACAACACAGAAACUACUUGCGUUUCUUGUGGCACGAAGAAAACAAUAUCGACAACCCUUUAAUUGAAUUCCGAAUGUGUGUGCACGUAUUCGGCAACACAGCUUCGCCAGCUAUUGCUACUUAUGGACUUCGGCUUGCAGCAAAACGUAGCACUCUUGGUUCGGAUGUCACCAAUUUCGUAGAGAACGACUUUUAUGUAGAUGAUGGGCUUUCAUCAUUUCCAACCGCACACCAAGCCACUGAUCUGAUUAAAAGGACCCAGGAAGUUCUAAAAGUAGAAGGGGGCUUAAGACUUCACAAAAUUGUGUCGAAUAGAGAGGAAGUAAUGACGUCUUUUCCACGAGAGGAUUUGGCCACGGAUUUGAAAGAUCUUCCGUUAAACGUUGAAGCGCUACCCACACAACGUAGUCUCGGGGUGGGCUGGAACUUGGAAUCAGAUAUGUUUUUGUAUCACAUCAGAACUGAUGAGCAACCUUUCUCAAGGCGUGGAGUGCUGUCAACAAUCAAUUCAAUCUUCGACCCUUUGGGAUUCCUAGCUCCCGUCGUCAUUGAAGGAAAGAGGCUCUUACGUGAACUCAUCAACAGCACCCGUGAUUGGGACGAACCGUUACCUUCUAAUUAUUUUGCUAUCUGGGAUCAAUGGACGACCUCAUUGCAGGAACUACGUGGACUACGCAUACCUCGCACCUAUUUCUCAACCUCAUUUGGUCAGAUUAAGGAUAAAUCAAUACAUAUCUUUUCUGACGCUUCCGAAAAGGCGAUAGCUGCUGUUGGAUAUGUUAGAGCGCCAUGUCAGACUGGAAACUUUGAGUUAGGCUUCAUCCUUGGUAAAGCAAAGUUAGCACCUUUACAUGGAAAUACUAUACCGCGAUUAGAGUUAUGUGCGGCCGUUGUUGCAGUGGAAGUCGCUGAAACCAUCUCAAAUCAUCUAAACCUCGAUAUAAACAAUUUUUCCUUCUACACAGACAGCAAAGUAGUUCUAGGCUAUAUUUACAAUGAAAAAAGAAGGUUUUUCAAUUACGUUGCAAAUCGUGUGGCAAGAAUUCGACAUUCUACACAUCCACAUCAAUGGAUAUAUACUUCCACGAAGGAUAAUCCUGCAGAUGAAGCGACGCGUUCUGUUCAAGCAUCUGCGAUGCAGACUUCAUCUUGGUUAAACGGUCCGCAGUUUUUGUUGAAGAAUCACAAUGCUGUUAUUGAAUCUUUUGAAGUGCUAGAGGCUGAAUCUGAUAAAGAAGUCAAAUCUGAUGUGACAAACUUCAAGACUCGUGUAUCCGUCUUGAGUCGACUAGGAACCCAACGUUUCGAAAAAUUUUCCAGUUGGACUAAACUUGUUAAGACUAUUGCUCGUUUGAAACAUGUAGCAAGAGCUUUUAAGAAAGAUAACAUGUCUGAUACUUCACAUCUAAUUUGGACGUCGUGUACUGUGAUUGCCUUUGAUGAUGCAGAGGAAUUUGUUAUUCGUGAAGUUCAACGAGAAGUGUACGAAGACGAUUUUCAGUUUCUCAGUUCCGGGAAGCAACUUCCUAAGUCAAGCUCACUAACUAAACUCUCACCAUACAUUGACAAAGAUGGAUUGAUGAGGAUAGGGGGUCGUUUGGAUUACUCCAACAUCCCUGAAGCGGAGAAACAUCCAAUUCUUGUUCCUGGAAAACAUCAUAUCGCAACAUUACUGAUCCGUAAUUUUCACGAACGUGUUCAUCAUCAGGGAAGGCAUAUUACAGAGGGUGUCAUACGUUCAGCAGGUUACUGGAUUACGGGAGCCAAGUCGCUCAUAUCUUCAAUUAUAAGUAAAUGUGUUAAGUGUCAGAAGCUUCGAGGAACGCUAGGAAGUCAGAAAAUGGCAAGCCUUCCAUCAGAUCGCCUAGAACCCGGACCGCCGUUUACCAACGUGGGCGUUGACUGUUUUGGUCCAUGGGACAUUGUCACCCGUCGCACAAGAGGAGGACAGGCUAGCAGUAAGAGAUGGGCUGUGAUGUUUACUUGUUUAACGUGUAGGGGCGUUCACAUAGAAGUAACUGAAGAACUCAGCUCCUCCUCAUUUAUAAUGGCACUGAGACGUUUUUUAGCGAUUCGUGGUCCCGUAAAGUUAUUCAGGUCUGACCGAGGUACUAAUUUUAUUGGUGCAUUAGACGACAUCGGAGUCAAAGCUAUUAAUGCGGAAGAUGUUCAAGUAAAGGAAUUCCUCAAUAGUAAUGGCGCUGCCUGGAUCUUCAAUCCUCCUCACGCCUCGCAUAUGGGUGGAGUAUGGGAACGUGUUAUUGGUAUUACCCGGAGGAUCCUAGACUCUAUCUUACUAGACGUUCCAGGGGGUCAGCUUACUCACGAGAUGCUGGUUACUUUUCUCGCUGAGGCUUCUACAAUUAUUAAUUCAAGGCCUUUGGUUCCGUUAACAUCAGAUCCCGGAGAUCCAACUCCACUAACUCCAUCGCUGCUAUUGACUCAGAAACCUCAGCAAGUUACCGGGAUCAUGGAAACUGUGGGUGAUAAAGACAUCUUCAAGAAACAAUGGAAACGUGUGCAGAUAUUAGCAGAAAUGUUUUGGAACCGUUGGAGGACUCAAUAUCUGCAAACUCUUCAAACGCGACGUAAGUGGAGCGAAAUACAAAGAAAUAUUUCUUGUGGGGAUGUCGUGCUAGUUAAGGAUAAACAGGUUGCAAGAAAUAUGUGGCCUAUCGGAGUUGUUGAGAAGACCUACAGAGAAGCAGAUGGCCUAGUGCGUAAAUGUGAUAUUCGUGUUAUCCGGGAUGGACAACAUGUGGUUAUAUAUACUCGUCCUAUAGUAGAACUUGUUUUGUUAAUACCUGACGAGUCCUGACUUUAGAAUGUGUAUUCGAAAUCUUUUAAGGCGUUAGUCCUAUGAAACCGAAAAUUUUGAUAUGUAAGAGUGGUAUUAUUGCAUGUACAUAUGUAUCAAUUCAUGUGAUGACAGAUAGUCAUCAGACGGGGAGUGUUCUGUGCUUUUAUUUGCCUUUAUAAUUUGGAGUAAUCUCUCUUGGACGUAAUUGAACGUCUCCGGAAGUUGGUCACGGCGUGGUCGCUAGUACACGGCUUAACAUUCAGCUUUGUUUCUAAAUGUAUCUUUUGUUUGUUAUCUUCAUUGUGUCACGGAGUAAGUAAACAACAAAUACUUAUAAUUAAUGCUAUGUUUAUAAGAUGGCAGCAAUUAGGUUUCUGUUAUUAUUUAGUUGUGUCAAAGUUACGUUGUAAUGUAGGCCUAUUGUUAUUGUGCAUGUACGGGAAAUGUAAAUGCUUUUACGUGUUGGAAUAUUUUAAAGUCGAGCUUAAUUUAGUAUGUUAUUACUGUACAUCAUUCUCAUAAACCAAUUGUGUAUUUAGUAUGUUAAUGGUUUAAACUAUGUCGUUUAGUAUUGAGUAAGUACGACGUUCAAACUGAUUCUAAAAACUACGGAAAGCUAUUCAUGUCAUCUCAAAUUCAAGUUUGUAUGAAAAGUAGUUUGUAUUGAUCUUUGUAUAGAACUGUAAGGUUUUAUUUUUUAUUUCAGCUUUUUACCACACAUGAUACACCUAUGUACAACACUCGUAGAAGUUCCAAUAAAGCUCAGAACUUGAUUGGUCACUUUGUGUUUUGGUGUCACUGGUUAUACUUACUGUAAGGCUCCGCGCUGAGACA